UGGAUCAUCACCGAAAUAUAUCUCACUCUUAGCCCACAUUCAGCAGAAACGUGCUUGACACUAUAUCGAACUAGUGGGGCAUUACUCUUUUUUAUUAUGUCCGCCACAGAAGGUCUGCUUCUCGUGCGUAUACUUGCCUUAUGGCAUAACAAUAGGAAGAUAAGGCUAUUUUUAUUGGCGAGCUACUUGCUUAUUGUUGUCGCCAUGGUCAUUUGCGAUGCAUUUGUGGCGUCUCUGCUCGAAAGUGUAUGUGCGCCCACAUCGACUCCGAUCGCUUUAAGGUUUACGAAGGUGGAACGUCUGAUAACGGGCAAGUUUAUUAGCGCAGCACUGUUUGAAUCCAUAGUGAUCACUCUUAUAAUGUAUCAUUCAAUACGACUACGCUCUGAUGGCAUACGCUCCAUCGGUAGAGUGGGGUCAACCUUGUUGAAGGGAAGUUUGUUGUAUGCACUGUCGCUUCUUGCAAUUUCGAUUAUAAACAUAGUUUCUUUUUCUUUGCCGGCCUCAUCGCGGGGGCAGGGUGGAAUUGUAUAUGUGUUCCAAGGUGUCUUGCAUAGUGUCUUGGCUUCGCGUGUUCUUUUUGAUCUAAGGGAUCUGAGGAAUACAGGUCAAGAUGAAGAACACGACUAUUUAUUCACCUCGUACAUAUCCCUUCCUUGCACUCAGCGCGCAUCACAAAUGAUACCAAUGACUGUCUUAGAUGCCGAAAGUAAUGCAUGAUUAUGCCUCACCGUGUACAACGUCAAUAUCGUACGCACGCACAUCGCAAUCCUACUAACCGCUCGAAUAAUCGCACCUUACAUAUAUCGUUC